UAAAUAGGUGAAGAGGGGCAGCGGAAACCUCUUGCACUUUCUUGGCGGCGCGCGACGCAGAGACCAGUCCUCACCGAGCGCCAUGGCUCGACACGCGUAUUUGUGGCUUGGUGUUUUGAUUCUCGUCUACUCCAUCAGUGGAGAGACGCGAGUCAAGCGGCAGGAGGAGGAUGCGCCCACAGACGACGUGAAUGCCGAGCAGCUAUGUGACGGCAGGCCAGCCGAAGAGUACUUCCGACUUACCACUGAAGGCGACUGUCGCGAUGUCGUCAGGUGUGACAAAGGUGGCGAGAAUGGAGUCACCAGACUCGCCUCAGUUCGCUGCCCCGGUGGCCUCGCCUUCGAUAUCGACCGCCAAACAUGUGAUUGGAAAACACAUGUUAAAAAUUGCGAUAAAUUAGAAAAACCACGCAAGAUAUUGCCUAUCCUGAAAACAGAUGAACCAAUUUGCCCAGAAGGAAAAUUGGCCUGUGGAAGCGGAGACUGUAUUGAAAAGGAAUUGUUCUGCAACGGCAAACCUGACUGCAAGGACGAGUCCGAUGAAAACGCUUGUACUGUGGACGUAGAUCCCAACAGAGCCCCAGACUGUGACCCCAAUCAAUGCACACUGCCUGACUGUUUCUGUUCCGCUGACGGUACACGAAUUCCCGGAGGUAUAGAGCCUAAUCAAGUACCCCAAAUGAUCACCAUCACCUUCAACGGUGCCGUUAACGUUGACAACAUUGACCUGUAUGAUCAAAUCUUCAAUGGAAACCGCCACAACCCCAACGGUUGCCAAAUUCGCGGCACGUUCUUUGUCUCGCACAAGUAUUCCAACUAUGCAGCUAUCCAAGAGCUCCACCGUAAAGGACAUGAGAUUGCUGUCUUCUCUAUCACACACAAGGACGAUCCCCAGUACUGGUCAAGUGGCAGUUACGAUGAUUGGCUUGCUGAAAUGGCCGGUGCUCGUUUGAUCGUAGAACGUUUCGCUAACAUUACUGACGCUUCAAUCAUUGGCGUCCGAGCUCCUUAUCUCCGUGUCGGUGGAAACAGACAAUUUGAAAUGAUGGCUGAUCAGUAUUUCGUUUAUGACGCAUCAAUCACUGCUCCUCUUAGUAGAGUUCCAAUUUGGCCAUACACACUUUACUUCCGCAUGCCUCACAAAUGUAAUGGUAACGCUCACAACUGCCCAUCUAGGAGCCACCCUGUUUGGGAAAUGGUAAUGAAUGAAUUAGACAGGAGAGACGAUCCAACCUUCGAUGAAUCCCUGCCUGGUUGUCACGUAGUGGACUCUUGUUCUAACAUCCAAACUGGUGAACAGUUCGGACGUCUUCUGCGUCACAACUUCAAUCGCCACUACUCCACCAACCGUGCUCCUCUUGGUCUGCACUUCCAUGCUUCCUGGCUGAAAUCCAAAAAAGAGUUCAGAGACGAACUUAUCAAAUUCAUUGAAGAAAUGUUGGAGAAGAAUGACGUUUACUUCACAUCUUUAAUUCAAGUUAUCCAAUGGAUGCAAAAUCCCACUGAAUUGUCAUCACUCCGAGACUUCCAAGAAUGGAAACAAGAGAAGUGCGACGUGAAAGGCCAACCUUUCUGCUCGUUGCCUAACGCUUGUCCAUUAAACACUCGGGAGUUACCUGGAGAGACACUGCGACUAUUCACCUGCAUGGAGUGCCCUAACAAUUACCCCUGGAUUUUAGAUCCCACUGGAGAAGGAUUCAAUGUUAGGAAGUGAUCUCUUAAGUUAAAUUGAUAAAGACUGUGUACACAUGUAAAUAAUACUCAGUAAUGUUAAUAAUGUUACUUUACACUUUAGUAAUUCUGUGGCAGGGUAUCCAUCAACUUGAGUGAAGACUUCAAGAGUAGAUAAAUUAAAUUAUUUACGUACUGGUACAAAAUUUGCUUUCAUAGGUUGAUGAUUGAAGAAAGCAUAGCCACGCGCCUUUUUUAUUGUUUUACCGCAAAGCUAGGUAAACUUGAUGUUUCCAUAAGUAGUUUAAGUUAUAUAAAACA